AUCGCGUCUAGGUGCAGUAUCAUGUGAGAAGUCGUUCUGUCAUUGCUCACGCGUAGCAGCUCGCGAUGGUGUGCUGCUGCGUUCCGCUCUGCAAGGCGAGCGGGCGCACAACGAGCGGAGGAGUCGCUUUCCACGAGUUUCCCGUGACAGAUGUGCGGAACCAGUGGCUAAAGAAGAUUUCCCGCCAAGCUGAUGGCCCUGAGAAACAGCCGUGGGUUCCAAACGACCGGAGCGUGGUUUGUAGCCUUCAUUUCAAACCGGAGGACUACAGAGAAGGCCUCAAGUUGCGGAGGCUGAAGCCGGAUGCUGUGCCAUCCAUUUUUCCCGGCUACCCAACAUACCUCCAACCAGCCCCUAAAAAGGAGCGAAGGCCACUGAAGCGUAAGGCUGCGACACCAGCCUCGGCUGCUGGAAAACCUCCAGUGGAUGCCAAGAAAAAUAGACUGGAUACCUACACGGCUGGCAGAACUCAAGUUCAAGAUACAACCAGUAUGGGGGUCGCGAAACAGUUGCCAAAUGUACCAGUAGCUGGCAGCCCUGAAUCUGCUCAAGAAACCGACAGCCCUGAACCUGCUCGAGAAACGGACAGCCGUGAACCUGCUCAAGAACCCGACUGCCGUAAACCUGCUAAAGAGCCGUUGUUGUUCGAGCUCUCACAAGAGCCUUCACUGGAAACCUCACAGGAAUCGCCAUUGGAACUUCUGCCAGAUCCCUCCUCGAUCCCUUCAGUACAGCGUGCUUCAGUGCCGGUUCCUCCAUUCACCCUGGAAUUUGUCUCCAAACCUCCUUCCAUGCCACCGAACGUCACCAGGACUCGUGGAAUACAGACGCGUCUUUCCCUGCCACUGAUGUCAAAGCUUGUGAAUCAAGUGAAGACAUUGACAAGAAAGUGCCAAAGGCUUCAAAAAAGCAAAGCCAAGUUGCAGGAGGAAGUUUCGGCACUGAGGCAGCAGGCGAAGAAAACAGAGGCACUGAUGAAGAAGGCCAAAUUCACACUCCUGCAGGAGAAAGUAGAAGACAACGAUGCGAAGGCUCUUUUCAUCCAAGAACAGCUGACCUUCUUGGACCUCUCCAAGGGCCGAUGGCGGGAGGAGACCAUACGGAAUUGUGUGCUUUGGCAUGCAAAGUCUCCCUCUGGCUACCGCCUUCUGCGGGAGACUGGCGUGCUUUCACUGCCAAGCCGGUCGACCCUGAAGAGAUACAUCGGGGCAUGCACUGGAGAGGUGGUCACAUCUUUAAUCAAGCAACGACUCCAUGCGGAAGCGAAACAGCAUUCUGGACAGGCACUCUGUGGCUCCUUGGUCAUGGAUGAAAUGUCUGUGAAGCAAGUCACCACCUACCAAAAGCAGUCAGAUGCUGUUCAUGGUCUAGUGGAUCUGGGAGGUGCAGAAGCAGACUUCGGCCUGCAAGACCAGCUUGCGACUCACCUUCUCUGCUUUGUGUUUGUAGGACUCUCCACCCAUUACAGACUUCCGGUUGGGUACUACUUCACCAAGGGUUUGACCGGUGAACAGCUUCAGCUUCUUGGUCUGAAAGUAAUGCAGUCCGUAGAGGAAGCAGGAUUUGAAGUCAAACGGUUGGUUGGGGACAAUCACAGUUCCAACUGCAAGUUCUUCUCGAGCCUGUCGGGGGGCCCCAUACAGCCUGUUGUCACCCAUCCUCUUGAUCCAGAUCGUCAACUAUACUUGUCAUUUGACUACUGCCAUAUCCUGAAGAACAUCAGGUCUCAGUUCCUGGAGGUGAGGAGACUGUUCAAAAACAACGGAACGUUCAUCCUUCCAGACUUCCUGAGGCGUCUGUACAACAUCCAGGAAACCCAGGGUGCCUUCAAGCUUGUAAGGUGCCUCACAAGAAAGCACCUUUGGCCAAGCAAUUUCGAAAAGAUGAACGUCGGCAGGGCUAUUGCCAUCUUCUCACCCCAGGUCACAUCAGUCCUGAGAUUCUUGCAACAGCAUGGACAUCGUCUCGGAGCUCCCGGCUUUGAGAACUGCCUGCCAACUGUGGAGUUCAUGGAGCUAGUCUACAAGUGGUUCGUGCUCCACAACAUCAAGAGCACGACAUUGCACUGGUCCAGCAGAGACGCCAUGAGAAUGCCAUUCUACGGCACAGAUGACAAGAGACUUUCUUGGCUCGAGACGGAGUGCCUCGAUUACUUCGAGACAUGGAAGCAAGAAACAACUCAUAAGCUACAGUUCCUGUCUCAGGAAACUUAUGAGGCGUUAAGAGUAACAACAAAGUCCACUGUUCUGUGUACGCGGCACCUCUUGGACUCAGGGUUUCACUUCGUUUUGACAGCAAAGUUUUCCAGUGACGAUGUUGAGUCGCUUUUCUCGACUAUCAGGCAGCUGAAUGGGUCGAAUGACCAAACGGAUGCCUAUGCAGCCCUGUCGGCCCUUCAGAAAAUCCUUGUAACUGGCAUUAUUCAUUCUUCAGCUAGUGGGAAUGUUGGAAGUGUAGUGGGCUCUCUGGGGGAGGCAACGAAGCUCCCUCCUCUGCCUUCGAAGCAAGCCACUACUGUUGAGGACCUGGGCAAGCUCGUGCUCCCUUACCUUCCCACGUUGGAGCGCUAUCCAGGCGCUCCACAGCAGAGCCUGCGAUCAAGCACUCUGGCACUGAUUGCUGGUUUUCUCGUCAGAGCCAUUCAGGACAAUAUUGACUGUGAGGGUUGCCUCGUGAAGCUGCAAGCUCCCACCUCACGCUCCACUACCACUGCACUUAUUGCAGGCAUAGACAGAGGAGGGCUUUCAUACCCCACUUCGACUUUUGUGGGGUUCAUCAGUCACCUCGAAAGUGCUGCCUCCAGCGUGGCUCCCGUUCUUGUAACGGUGCCGCAACCGUUGAAGAAGUUCGUGAAUCUAGUGCCUCCUGCCGUUGUAAAAAACCCGCUUUUUGAGUGCUCUAAAGACAAGACUGUGUCCCAUAGGAUGGCCCUCCUUAACAUCAUUCUGCGGAAGUUCAUGAGGCCAUUUUUGUCAAACUUCACCAGCAAGCUCACAGAGACCCAGGCAAAAAGAAAGCGUCUGAACUCCAAGCCAAUGUCACGAAAAGUAUUGAAAGUCUAAGUAACAGUAACUGUGUGUGAAUUGAGACUGCUCAAUUAAACGAAUGUAUUAUAGUCAAUUACAGGUUAAGAAAAG